AUGGCCAAGAAAAAGACCCUCAAACAGCAAGAUUUCCAGAAGAAAAAGCUAAAGGUCGGUAAGCCGCGACAACAGCCCAGUAAUGUGACGGAUACAUCCUUUUCUGCACGUAUGAUAUCGCUGCCGAACCAGACCAAACUGAAAAGUGCGGGAGGUAACAAUAAUGCAGCAAGCGGCGAAAAACUGGAAAAUGACGUUCUCAAGCGUUUGUCGCUGUGUAAGCAUCACAGCGCAGUUACUAGAAAAGAAACUCUGGUAUAUUUCAAGAGUUUGGUUCCGAAAAUCAUUCGCAGUAAAAGUAUCACACCCAUGCUCAACAGUUGUCUUCCGAUGAUAUGCGACGAGGACGCCCAGGUAAGAGCUGCAUUGCUUGAGCUUUUCGAAGAACUGGGGCAAUAUGACCAAAACGUGCUCCGUCUACACAGCAGAGCGCUCGUCUUAUUCAUAAACAGCAGCAUGACACAUAUCGUCCCAGCGGUUCAACGAGACUCGGGAAAUUUUCUAAAAUGUAUCUUGCGGUAUUGUGGAGAUGAGCUGGUCCGGAACUCGUGGGCCAAAUUGCUAAAGGGACUGUUUGGGGUCUUGGGAUGGUCUGUAGAGACCUCUAAAAACGCCAAAAGUGUCAGCAUAGGCGUCAAAAGCUCGAGCGUGGUCAGCAUGAACAGUGCAAAGGCCAAAAAAGCGCAGCAAUCCAACAUCGAGACUCUACUCGAGUUCGUAAGGUGCGGUUGCAUAGAGAAAACCUCCGAAAGUGAUCGCGACGGUGCUGCCCCUCAUUCUGCAUACAGCAAGUACCUCAUACCUGCUGCUCCACAGCCAUUUCAACAUUUGAAGCUCUUCGUGCGAGAGCUGAAGAGUGAUCAAACAACCAGUGGCUCCAAAUUAGAAGAAGUGAUGAACGUUACUCUUCAGGAUUUCGCCGCACGACGUGAGGUACUCCUUGCAUACUUUUAUGAGCCAAUGCUGCAUAAUUUAUCCGGCAUUAUUAUUGGCGGGGGUGAAUGUGGCAGAACUGCCAACGUGUUAAAAGACGUGCUUGAAGAAAUCAGAGAGCUGCAAGAAGCUCAGAAGGGGAUGUGA